AUGGCGUGGACAUUAGCCUUCUGCGUGAUGUGCCUGGUGCUGCUCCACACAGACGCCAACGAACAAUCAUGGAGCCAGCAGUCGUACCUUGAUGUGGAGUAUCGCCUCUCCUGCAACGAUAGCUCUAUCAAUGUUACGGCCAAAGGUGAUGUCGCCGGUAUCUGGACAAAACUGGGUUACGAUGGCGACCUGACAACAGACGACAACUACGAGUUGACUGACCGGAACAUGUCGCUGGUCAUCAAGAGAGUGACCCCUGAGAUGGCUGGGAUCUAUUUCUGUGAGGUCAUCGACCAGGACGGGGAGAAUGUAGGUCGCGUGGUGAGAGGUUUGAACGUGGUGGAACAUCGGUACCACGACAUACUGGAUAAGUAUCGAACGGACAUUAUUCGAGGAGUCAUCACUGCAGCUGCGGUAGUAGUGCUUGUGGUGGGCGUGUGUCUCAUCGACCGGUUCCAGUACCAGACACAGGAACAGAAGCAGGCUAGUCGAGAGAUGGCAGAAAACCACAAGAGACGCUUGAGACAGUCAAUUGUAUUUGGUAUAGCGAACCCGGCACUGGAUGAGGACAGCGGCACUUACAGGCAUUACGGUUCACUCAAGAGUGAGGAAACUGCCACACCGUUCUAA